AUGGCAUGGACAUCUCCAGAAGAAGCCAUGCCAUGGGUGGGAUUAAAUAUUUGUGCAGCAUCUCUGGUUUGCACUCUAGCAAUGGCAGCCGAUGUCUUCCGAGGCUUUCAACAAUGGAAGCUCUGGUUUCCAUGCAGAUUUUUUACCAUUAAUUCUGUUUCCAUUACACUGAUAGCAAUAUCAAUGAAGCUAUCAGUGGAUCUAAGCACCACCCUAGCUGAUGAUCAAGACAUUGGAGCAAAGUAUGUAAGCAUUAUUUUCUUGGUCACCAUGUUAGCCAACUUUCUCCCAUCUUUAGGGCUUAUGAAUGACAAGGAACUUCUGCUGAAUACCGUAGCCUUGAGUAUCCUCAUACUCACCAUUAAUGUAAAUAUAUGGAUCCAGGAUAUUAGUUCUUGGUUGAUGGUGUUUCAGCAUCUAGAAGAGUUUUACAACAACGGUACAAGGAGUUGCACAGUUUGGCUUCUAAUCAUCAACCGAUAA